GGCUACUUCGGCCCAUGAGGUCCACUCUCCUCAGAGGAGAGCGGUGCUCUCAGUAGUUUUCCUAAACAUCUUGCCCCCACUCAUGGGUGCCAGCUCACUAGGGACAAGAGGAAAAACUACUCGUAGCCAAGGAAUAUUAAAUAAGGCCAUAACAUCCCACAUAUCGGUAGCAGCUGUGUAUAAGUAAUAAAUUAAUAUUACUUUUUUCGUCGAUCAUCAUCUUGAAAUGAAUUACCCCAAGCAAUCUGCAGGAAAUUGAGAGACAAAAAUGGUCACCUUUCGAAAACACAGUCAAGCAUAGACAUGAUUGGUGCUGGUUUCUUCAGGCUUGUUUUGCUUACUUACAUGGUUGUAUCUACUGCUCGUUUCCAGUAAAU